AUGGUGCAAGUAAAGAUGUCCAAAUCUUCCGCAGACCCUCUGUCUGGUGUAGAAAGCGCUUCUCAGUCGCACUAUUUUCAGCUUCCACGAAAGUUGCCGAAACGCAAGGGUCGUUUUAAACGUUCAGAUGGCAGCACAUCUUCUGAUACCACCUCCAGCUUUAUCAAACGACAGGGUUCAGCCGAUUCGUACACGAGCAGACCUUCGGAUUCCGACCUGUCAGCGGAGGAGGACCGCGAGGCGUAUCGGCGUGAAGCCGAACGCCAGGCCCAGCUGCAGCUCGAGAGAGCCAAGUCAAAACCUGUAGCAUUCGCAGUGAAGACGAAUGUGAAUUAUUGCGGGGCUCUAGAUGAGGAAUGUCCUGUUCAGGGUGCUGCCAUAAACUUUGAAGCCAAAGACUUUCUGCACAUUAAAGAGAAGUACAAUAAUGACUGGUGGAUUGGAAGGCUGGUGAAAGAGGGGGCAGACAUCAGCUUCAUUCCCAGCCCCCUCCGACUGGAGGCCAUGAGACUCAAACAGGAGCAGAAACAGCAGAGGAAAAGCGGUAACUCGUCCUCAAGCCUGGGCGAUAUGGUUUCAGGAGGUUGGAGAUCCACACCGCCAUCUGCAGGUGAGACCAAACAGAAGCUAAAGCAGACUGAACACAUUCCUCCAUAUGAUGUGGUGCCGUCCAUGAGGCCUGUGGUUCUGGUAGGACCGUCACUGAAGGGAUAUGAGGUGACAGACAUGAUGCAGAAAGCUCUGUUUGACUUUCUCAAACAUCGCUUUGAUGGACGGAUUUCUAUAACCCGGGUAACUGCUGACCUUUCAUUGGCCAAGAGAUCAGUUCUCAACAAGAGGCCCAUCAUGGAGAGGUCAAACACACGGACCAGUUUGGCGGAGGUACAGAGUGAGAUUGAGAGAAUAUUUGAGUUGGCCAAAACCCUUCAGCUUGUGAUUCUGGAUGCAGACACCAUUAACCAUCCAGCACAAUUAGCUAAAACCUCUCUAGCACCUAUUAUUGUAUACGUAAAGGUCACGUCUCCAAAGGUCCUACAGCGGUUGAUAAAAUCCAGGGGUAAAUCACAGAGCAAACACCUCAAUGUUCAGAUGAUGGCCGCAGAUAAACUGACUCAGUGUCCCCCUGAGAUGUUUGAUGUCAUUUUGGAUGAGAAUCAGUUGGAGGACGCCUGCGAACACCUGGCUGAAUAUUUGGAGGUUUACUGGCGUGCCACUCAUCUGCCAGGCACCACCCCUCUCAACCCGCUAUUGGAGCAAAAUUUGAUGACCCCACCCUCUGCAAUCUCCAGUCUACAGAACCAGCAGCUGUCGCCUGCCGGGGGUGGAGGGGGAGUGGAGGAGGAGGAGCAGGGAGAGCAGGACAGCCUCAUGCCCUCCGACGAGGCCAGUGACUCUCGCUCCCUCCACCGAGGAGGCUCUAGCUCCCUGCACCCCCCAGAGGACGAGGAAGAAGAGGAAGAGGAGGAGGAAGAUGAUGAUUACCAACCCCAUCGCCACUCGAACCCCUACCGUGAUGUUUACCCACCUAACCGUAACCACCCUGGUGGGAUCCACAGUGCUAAUGGACACGAGUCACAGGACCGACUACUGCAGCAGCGAGACUCACAGGAAGGACACAACCAACGAAACAACCGUCAGCGCUCGAGAGCCUGGCCGAGAGACAACUACUGACUGGUCAGCUGCAGGAGAGGGUUGAGUUGUGAAUUGGGGUGAGGAACUGGAAACGCAGUGUUAGUGGAUAAAGGUUGAUGAAAAGAUCCUGUCGUUUUUAAGCUCAUGUGGUCAUCAUUGUCUUUGGUGGCGCACGGCAUUUGCUUUCAAAAGACAGAGCAGCUUUUCUCCAUUGAGAUCAAAUGCAUGUUCGUUUUGAAAUAAUAUUUGAGCUUCCUCUGAAUACCCUAACCCCACCCAAUUCAAGUAGUACUUUAUAAUCAUACGCUCUCCCUGAACCUAAUGAGCACAGAGAGCGGUAUAGGAAAAGGAAAAGCACUUUUAUAGCAUGGGACGAAAGACGUUGUAGCAUUUUGUUGCAUCAUUUUUUUUGCUAGCGCGCUUGUAAAUGUGAAUACUACUCACCUUGUUUUGGUUUAAGCCCUCUUUUGUGGUGUUGCCUGAUUGGAGCACUUGAUGUUUACAUGUGUAUCAUUCAGGCAACUGACAUAUGAAUGAUUACAUUCCCUGUCACAUUCACAGAUGUAGCACACACUGCCGCUUGCAAAAGCACCAUGUAAAUGCGGUAUAUGUCAGAUAGGAAUUCAGGGUUAUGCUCUACUUUCGUAGAGUGACUAUAGUCUGAGUUUGCACAUGAGGUGAAUUACAUCUUCAGAAUGAGAAGAAGCAGUCUAUCUUCCUGCAUUUCCGCACUGCCGCAUAAAGAAAGAACUUAAUUAGGUCAGUGUCAUCAGUUUCUUUUUCUGGGAAAUGAGAAGGACUAAAAAUUGGAGUUAUUUUAUCACCCAACAGUAGAUCGGUCUCCAGAUUUUUCUAUAGAAUGUUUUUCUAUGUACCAAGUUAGGUGUCCCUUUUAGGAUAGUCAUAUGUGAUGCACUGAGAGUUGCAGAAAGGUAGCUCAUAUAUUUUACUUAUGAGAGGUAAUAUAAGAAAAUAGAACACUUCAUAAGAUCUGGCAUUUGAGGACAGUAGAUCCCACCUUUCAUUUAAAGACACAUUAUUGGCAAAAAUGUUCUGAUCGGUUUUGUCUAGAACUUGCAUAAUAUGCCGAGUAUAGACUGCAUGAUUUUCAAAGUAGUCAUGUCAUGGAUGUUUUCACACUGCAUAACUAUCUGGGGUAGCGUUUCGUCGGUGCUGUGUUUACAAUGUAGGAUGGAUCUGCGAAGAUGUCCUUCAAAAUAGGAAGAAAUGCCAACAACUUUGUCCAAACUAUGUCUCACAACUGAACACACACGAGAAGUGACAUGGAAAAAAUGCGAGGUCAUGUAAUAUAUCAUUCGUUAUUAACUACAUAAUGGAAAAAGAAGGUAGGAAAUGUACUUAUUUUGCUCACCUGGCUUUUGAAGAGAAUGAGCAAUUUCUUUUCAACUUUUUUUACUUUUUGACCUGGGUGUGGUAUUGCUCCGAGGACACGUCAAACAGACACGGGUGCUCCUGCCAAAUUUCCACUAGUUUUCCUCCAUUUCCUGAGUCCAAAUAAACUGAUAAUGAGUGCUUUUAACUUCUCCCACAACCUCCUGCUGGCCUGCAGAUACCCAUACUAGUGGAUGCUGCUCUCUCAUUGGCUGUAGGUAAUCUGCAAUAUUAUUUUCAAUCAGAAAACAUUUCACACGGCAUGAUUUGAAUCGCCGACAGGUCCAGAUAUUUAGCACACCAAAUAUCUCACGAGUGUCUGCGACUCAUCAUCGCAUUGUCUCAGAUCGCGUCCUUGAUAGUUCAUACUGUGUGAUUGUUACUCACAUGAACAAGCAACGAUUUGCCUGUGAUUUCAGGCAUUUGUCAGCGAUUUCUCAAAACAUGUCGGCAAGUUAAAAUCGGUGCUAAAAUCAUGCAAUCUGAACUCGGCAUUAGCGAGUUACAGAAGCCAAAUGAACGUUUGUGAUACCAAGAACAGACAACUCUUCAUGUUUGGAAGCUAAUAACUGAUAUAUAGACUAAUCAUAUUUACAAUUUAUUUGUUCAAUUGACCUUGUCAGAGACUGUAAAAAUCACUCUGAAAACAAACACAAACAACAAUCGCAUUUUAAAGAUAAGAAAACCCACCUUUGCGUUUUAGCCAAUCACCUCAUCAGGAAAAGCAUUCUGAUGUUUUGUUUAGAACCUGCAUGAACAUUAGCUAGACUAACCUUAUGUAAAAAGCAGCUGAUGGCAAAUUUACAUCUUGUUUUUGAUUUUUACUUUUAAGUACUGAUAUAAAAUUUUGGCCAAAACCAAUAAUGUUAACUCUUUAUAGCUGAAGGUCGAUAACUUUUUCUUUGAUAUCUUUUCCCAAGGUAACACACAAACUGUAAUAGUCCUCUUUUUUUUGUUCAAUGGUGUAGAAAAACUUUCAGACUGCCGAUAUCUUGUCUUCCCUCUUUGCAACUGCUACUUGCUUAAUGUCACCAAUCAAAACCCUCAUGGCCAGCAGCACACUUCAGAAGUGUAUCAACUGGCAAAAAAGUCCACAAUUUAUAAGCCGAUAAUGUAUUUUCUUAAACUUUAAAAAUCAGCAUUUUUCUGCCGAUACCGAUAUGGUUGCCGAUGUAUUGUGCAUCACUAUUUUUUUAAAAGGAUGAUGAACAGUUAUCCCCAUUUAAGCGAAAAAGUUGUGCUGCAAACUAGCAUUACCAAAAUGGCCCUCUGAUUGAACUGCCCAAGAAGACUUUGUUGUUACUAAGAAGAAUGUGGAUCUAGCAAGAAAGUAAUCUUCCUCUGUCCUCAAUUUCUUGCCACUCUUUUCUCUCCGAGGCUCUGGGUGACAGUUUUUGUGGCCUACUUAAAAACGUCAUAUUGUUUUUGCUAAACCUUUGCUAAUUUAAUGACCUUAUUGGUGAUUAUAUUAGCACAGACCUACCAAGUUUGUAAUGACCAAAUGGAAGAAAGUUUCUCCCUUUUCGCAUUUUCAUGACUCUAGACUCGGAUGUUACCUGUAGCAGCUUGGACUAAGGUUUAUUCAGUGUAGGAAAAUUCAAACUGGCCUUAAUACAUACCUGUAUAUCACAGGUGUCAAACCCAGUUCCUGGAGGGCCGCAGCUCUGCACAGUUUAGUUUUAACCCUGAUUAAACACACCUGAUCAUACUAAUUAAGUCCUUCAGGCAUGUUUGAGACCUACAGGUAAAGAUGCGGUCACACUGCACUUUUCUCCAAAUAGACUUUCAUUCAUACGCGAAUGCGUCAAACCGAAAACGCAAGGUCGUGCUGCAAGUUUCGCAAUUUGCUGCGUUGGAAAGUUCAAGCUUGGUGAACUCUGACCUGCGAAAUCGCAUCACAUGAUUGCAUGAGACCAAUCGAGGAUCAAAAAAUGACAGAACAGGAAUUUAAAACAUGGACCAAUCGCUUGCUUUUUUUAAUGUCUAAUCAUCUUGUUUAAUCCUGCCCAUUUUCACAGCGUCGUACAGCAGAAUUUCGCACAGACACACUCUAGUGUGACAGCAGCAUUAGUGUGAAGCAGUGUUGGAACUAAACUGUGCAGGGCUGGGGCCCUCCAGAAACUGAGUUUGACAGCCCUGCUGUAUAUCUUUACCACUGCAUGUCUCAAAUACAAUUAUUUAGGACUAUUUGCACAUUAGGGUUGGAACAGGGCCUUUAGAAAACUUAUUAGGGUAGAAAAAUCUACUCUAUUUUUUGGAGAAGGGGUGGGAUUGAGUGGGACGGUAUUUUAGAAUCUGCAACAGAAUAUUAGUAUCGCAUCUAAGAAUAGGUAGUGUAUAUAUAUAUUUACUGAAUGAAAUUUUACCAGAUCCUGAAUAUAAUUAUUUAGAACGUUACUUUGUAUUUAUGGAUCUGUAUGUUUACAAAGUCAGGACUGCUCUCAGUCACAGAUUGUCGACGUGAGAUGCAUUGAAAUAUAUGUAACGUCAGUUGUUGUACGGUUAUGUGAAGUCACAUAAAGUUGCAGUACACUCUCAUGUAGCGCUGUAGUCACUGAUUUGAGAAGUUAUAAUAAAACAGAAAUUGCUAAUGACUUGGCCUCUAGAUUCCAGUACUAAAAAUCGCCACACUUAAUUUUUCUUAAUUACAAAUCUUUCUCAUUUAUAUCAAUUGUAGGACAUACAAGGUAAACUACACAGUUCCUUACAAACAUGCACAGAGACUUGAGUGAAUGUAUAGUUGCAUGCCUUAACACUUCUAGUCCUCAGCACUAACAUAUUGUCCUCUAGGGGGAUGGUGCUAAAUUGACUGUCCCUCGAUUGAUUGUGUUGCGUUGAUUGUAUUGGGUCCGUACACUCCCAGAAUGCACUUUCAGAAACAUCCCUCCUCACAUUAGAUUGUAAAGACUUGUGUUAUUGACCACAAUUGAAGAUUGAGCCAUCAGUGUCCAGCAUAGUCCCCAACAUAGUUUGUUAGCACCAUAGCUUCAUUCUAGAGCAUUUUAAUCUCUGAAAUACAAGAGAAGCAACACUUACUAGUUGCUACUACAUUACAUUGACGUGGUAAAACCAAUAGGCCUGAAAUAUACUCUACACAAGUGUCUUCAUUUGAGUUUUUAAAAUGUGAGAUCAUAAUGAUCUUUAAACUCUUUCUUUGCCAUGUCAGUGAUUGGUGUGAAGGAGAAAAUGUAGAUUAGAAGAAGACAGUAGCUACAUUGUCAUUACCCUUCAAAUUGCACAAACUGAAGUUGCGCAUUGAAAAUAUGCCCAUUCGAAACAAAUUUAGCAAGUAACAAUAUAUUGCUAAGAAGGUUUUGUGCUUGUGUAAUAUUGAAAAAAGUUUUAUGUCAUAUGGCCAUUUUUAAUAAUUUUUUGUGUGUUUAUUGGUAGAAAAUGGCUCUUUUGGGCUUGAGGCAAGAAGAAUUCCAUUGCACAACUCAAAAAAAGGUUGAUCUGCUUAUCCAGCAAUUCAGAAUCGAGUUCCUCUGUGAAAUCCCUUUCAAUUUGUGUGUUAAAGACAAGUCAGGUAUUUACGAGUUGAAUGCAAAUGAACAUCACACCACAAUCUCCUUAUUCCCCACUGUGUCAUUAAGUGGGGAAACCUAUGGUAAACUUUCCGAGUUGGUGUGCGCCAGUAAGAAACUUGGCAGAAUCACUGAUCUAUAAUAGAGAAUAAUAUACCAUUAUACAUUACCUGACAAAAAUCUUGUCGCCUAUCCAAGUUUUAGGAUCAACAAAUAAUAACUUCUAGUUGAUCAUUUGGUAUCAGAAGUGGCUUAUAUGAAAGGCAAAGGCCUCUAGAUUAUGCUUAUUUUACUAAAAUAAAAUAUGAUCAUGCCUCGAUUUUGAAUUAUUUAAUUAGGACAGUAAGGUCUGACUUUACUUAGACAAGUCUUGUCACUUAACAGAAAUAAUGUACAGUAUAGAAUAUAAAGUCAUGCUGCAGUGGGACAAACAUUAAUAUUGCGUAUGACUCCCAUGAGCUUGGAGGACUGCAAGUCAUCUGGAAUGGCAAAGAAAGCGUUCAUGCAGGACUCCCAGAGUUCAUCAAGAUUCUUUGGAUUCAUCUUCAAUGUCUCCUCCUUCCUCUUACCCCAGACAUGCUCAAUUAUGUUCAUGUCUGGUGACUGGGCUGGCCAAUCCUGGAGCACCUUGACCUUCUUUGCUUUCAGGAACUUUGAUGUGGAUGCUGACGUAUGAGUAGCGCUGAAGAAUUUGCCGUCUCCUGUGGUUUGUAAUGUAAUGGGCAGCACAAAUGUCUUGAUACCUCAGGCUGUCGAUGUUGCCAUCCAGUCUGCAGAUCUCUCGCACGCUCCUAUACUGAAUGUAACCUCAAACCAUGAUUUUUUCUUUACCAAACUUAACUGAUAUCUGUGUGAAUCUUGGGUCCAUGCGGGUUCCAAUAGGUAUUUGCAGUAUUUGUGAUGAUUGGGAUGCAGUUCAACAGAUGAUGCAUUGGAAAAAAUCUCCCUUCUGCCACUUUUCCAAAUGAUCAACUAGAAGUCAAGUUAUUAUUUGUUGUUCUUACAACGGGGAUCGACGACAAGACUUUUGUCAGGUAGUGUAUGUCUUGAGAUCAGCAGGUCGAAUUCACAGAUGCAAAGUCAUCCCUUAUAGGUUGCCAGUGACAAAACACAACUGAUGUGAAUUCUUUGCUUUUCAUUAGAGUUAACGCACCCUGCUGUAUUUUUACGUAAUUUAUCAAAAGUAGGUACAACACCAACUUGUACCACCCAAAGUGACUUGAAAACACCUGAUGUCAUUAUUACGACUUGUCAACUUGUAAGAAGGAAUGUCUCAGGAAGAUUUAAAGACAGCAUAAAACCUCUAAGAAACCCCUUAUAGAUGGGCACUGCCAAAUUUAAGGGUCUUUUCUUGGCAUUAAUGCUUGGCUAACACAUUUAUGCCUCUUUUGUUUAAAUAAAUGUCUUUAGAAAAAACAUAUUACCCACCUCUGUCAUGAUUUUUGGAAUGAUUUAGCUCUUUUUGAAAUCGAACAAAUUUCGAAAACAUUACCAAAGUUCAUGCUAAUGGAAACCAGGCUAGCGUAUGCUUUGGUGCCCCUAGUGGCAUGGAGUGCAAUGCAAAUCAUCUAUCUAGAAUCAUGUUGAGUAUGUUUCAGGACUAAUGAGUAUUUCCAUGUCAUAUUAACCAAUAUUAACACACAUCACGUGCUGAUCUCAGGUCAUUGGGCAAGUCACUGUAUCCUCCCAGGUCUUGCCUUUCUAACAUGAGUUUAAUUAAACAGAUUGUACCGGCCGUUGAGUUUACAGAAAAACCUUGCCGAGAGUCACAUGAAAUGUACAAGUUCUGGGAUGUGGAAGUCAGGGUAAAAGUCCACUUUACCAAAUGCCUUGACUGAUCCUCUAUUUUAGUGUACUGCAUCUUUAUUUGCUAAUUGACAUGUCUCACUUUAAUCUAUUGUUCUAUAUUUAAAAAAAAAAGAAAAUCAGAGCAUGACUGAAAAAAAAUUCUAUGCAAGUGUUGCAUGAGAUCUGAUUGUUUCUUUUGAUUGUUUCUGAUCUACUUUAGUAUUGCAUUGAUUCUUGUUGUAAGUAUUAUUCUAUUUAGUAAGACGAUUCACCCUCUUUUAUACUGAGCACAGACAAGGGGCUUCUGUGGCAAGUUCAUUUUCGUUCAAAAGCUCCUUUUCAAUCUCACGGGCUUCAAUACCUCCACUGUUAUUUCUUAUGUUAAUGCUUAACCAUCAAUGUAAUAAAACAAUGUUCUAGGUUCGAGUCAAGCUGUAUUUACAGAAUCUGAUGUUGUUGGUUAUAUCACAGAAAAUAAGUUCAGCUCAUCCACUGUUUUAAUGAUACUGAAUGCAAAAACAUGUAUUGAAAGUCAAAAAGCAUUGAAUGUUUGAAGCAUUUUAGAACAAAGAGUAAAAUUCAAGUUAUAAGUGGCAAAAAUACCACUGUAUAUGAAUCUAUUUUUCAUUAGUUAUGAUAUAUAUAGUUCAGAAAUUAUCACACAUGCAACACUGACAUAAUCCUUUCCUAUUUUUAUAUCAGUGUGGAUUGAUUUUAUUCAUUAAUACUUUCAAGCUUUUCCAAGUUUCUGAUUGAUUCAGACAUUUUGAACAAAUCAUUUGAAUGAAUGAUUCAGGGAAUCGUUCAUUACUACAAGUGCUGUGUCCCAAUUUGCAUACUUUUACUAUGUCUUAAAAGUGUGUACUUUUUUGUGAAGAAAUAGUACAUGAUUUUUAGUGUGUAACAGAAAAGGAUAGAAGCUUUGGGACAGUAUUAUUCGAAAAACCGACCAGGCUCAGCCUUGCAGUAUACAACGGUAUACAACAUAUUUUGUAGAAAUUCUGUCAAUUAAACUGCUCAACCAGUCUGUUCUCAAGAGGAAACGUAACCAAAGUUCGUCAGCGAACUGAAGCUUUUAGUUCUAUUUACAAAUGGGCAAUUCCAGCAUUAUGGAGCCAGUGCGCUCACCACACACAACAGCUAUAGGGGGAGUGGAAAGAUAAUAAUAGAGCCAAUUCGGUGGAUGGGGAUGAUUGGGAGGCCAUGAUGAGUAAGGCCCGAUGGAGGGAAUUUGGCCAGGACACCGGGGUUACACCCCUACUUUUUACAAGAAGUGCCAUGGGGUUUUUAAUGACCAC